AUGGUGCUGUCACUGCGCCUUCUAAAGGCGUGUUCCCGCUCUGACUCAAAGACCCCCUAUGCUGCCGCCUUGGCUUCUUUCGCUGUAGCAACUCUCGCCCUUCUGGCCGCUAUCCUCUUGCUGCAGAAUGACUUGGGGUGGGGUCUUCCCACUGUCCUGAUCCUCAACCCGGGGCCAAACCUGUGCACCUGUCAAGAGGCCAAGGCUGAGCUCCCAAUCUUGGAGAGCGGGGUGGGAGUCCAAACCUUGGCUUCUGAAGUCCAAAAAGUGCACCCGGCGCUGCAACCGCUGCUGGAGUCGCCCCCAUGGAACUCCUCCCUAGUGAUCGUUCCAGCUGUCUAUCACGACUGGGAUGCAGGCUGGCCAGAAUGGACGGAGGAAUUCGCUGUGCACGUGUAUCAGAGGACCAAUGCCUCGGCGCCCAACUACUGCGAGAACCGGGCGUUUGAGUCGGCCGUGUAUCUCAAGUUCAUCGUGGAUUACUACCAUAACCUGCCGGACCUGACAGCAUUUGUGCAUUCAGACCCACCAUCUCAUCGCCGCGACAUCUUCACGUGGCUCCGCUGCCUGCGCCCCAACUCGACGUACUCCGCCCUCAACGUUCAUUGGCUGAAUCACUGGCACGUGGACCGACCGCUCGAGAUUCUGGGCAAGUCCAAGUUCCCCACGGGGGCUUGCCAAGUCCCACGCAUUGAGGCGUGCUUCCGGAGAUUUGCCGCGAUCUUCGGGAAGGACCUGUCGGCGGAGCCGGGGGGGAAAGUCGAGCCCAGUUUCUACGCAAGCAACCAGUUCGUCAUCAGCCGCGACGUCAUCCUGCGUCACCCGUUGAGGGUAUACCAAGAAGCGUAUAAGUUGAUUGGGUUGGAGGAUCGGUGCGUGGAGGGCCCGAUCGAUCCGCGGGAGAACUGGGCGUUGGGGAAAGGAAAUUAUUGCUUGCAAGAGCCGCCGCGGGAGUGGCUCGAGGAGGGGUUCGAGAGCAAGAUCGUGCAGGCGAUGACGAUGGAGUAUCUCAAUCAUUACGUGUUCGAGGUCGAGGAGCUAGACGGGAAGCCGUAUACGGAUGAGCACUACUGCAAACAGUUUCUGAGCUCGGAGCAAUGCCCCGGGAGCCCAUGCGAGCAAAAAGCGCGCGCGUAG